CUACUUUUGCUCCUUUUUUGGAAAUUUUAUUUGUUCUGCAAUUGGGACUUUUUUUUAGCUUUGAUUUUUUAUAUGAAGUAUUUUAUUUUGAUAAUGUCUAUAAAUUUGAUGGUUAAUAAUGCGCAGAUAAUUGAUUUAGAUUGUUGGGACUUUAUGGGCAGAGUGGAGAAUUUGGAUUAGGUUAUAUAGAUAUGCUAUUUUAUGUGGUGAAUUAUGUUAAUGCUGAAACUUUGAGGUAUAACUGCCUAUUUGGAUGAUUGUUAGGGAAAUUUAAUUAGUAGCAUGGGAUUGUAGCUAGUUUUUUCUUUAAGAGCAUGUUAUUGGUAUGACAAAAUUGAAGAUGAGAAACGGAAUCAAGUAACUUAAUCUGUUUCCAGGAGUUUGUUAAGAUUAAAAUGUAACCCAUUCCAUUAUCCGACAGUAAUGGACUCCACUGGAAUGUUACCCUGUACUUCCCUACGGUAACGUAAUCCCUUAACCUCCUCUAACAAAAAAAUAAUAAUAUACGAGCCUCCAUUUUAUCAUUGACCACAACCAGGCCUGACCUCAUGGCAUUCAUCAUCUCCCUUUCUCAUAUUUUCUCUCUCAUCACAUUCCACCUCUUCCUCUUGAACUUUUUUAGAAAUUGAAAAUUAUGAUCUUUUCAACCGUGAUUUGUGCUCUUACAUGAAUCUCACAGGUUAAACAACAUCGUCAAAAGAAGGAUAAUAAAGGAAAGGAUGGGAAAGGAAAAGAUUGAAAAACCAGUAAUAGGUCAACCAGUAAAGCUGAUAAACCUGAACAAAAUGAUACUGAUGAAAAUAUGGUUUCUACUGCUAAUACGAUGAAAGCAGAAUCAUCUCAAGUUCCUGCAGUGGAAGUCGAAUCAUCAACAAGUUCUUUGGAUUUUUCAGUCGAUACUCAUAAGCCUUUGGAUAAUUCAGAGGGUAUAUAUGCUGAUUCUCAGCACUAUGUGGACCCAACAGGCUCGGGUCAGGAUAAUAAUCUGACGGAAGGGAGACGUGUGAAGGCACAUUUUGAUGUUCUUAAGCCACAUCUCAAGGCCUGCAAUAACAAGGUUGAGGUAUUUGGCGAAACAAUGAAGUCAUUUGAUAAAUUGAAACGUAAAUGGGUUUAGGAAAUGGGGAUUUGAGUGUUUGCUCUAUCUGCAUGAUAAGCAGUUCCCCAGGGAUCCAGAUCUCUACUACCGGUUGAUGACCAACAGGAUGGAUCUCUUCUACUGACAUGGCUGAGAAAGUUGAUGAUCUUAACUCUUAAGUCUAAAUUCAGGAAGAUUUUGUAAGCAAACAGGGAUAAAGAUGACAAUGGCUAAAAUUAAGUAAUACUCCGUUGUUGUUGGAUGUAAGUGGGGUGAGGAUGAUGGAGAGGAGUUCAAGAUUCAGUUCUAAUUGUGUAAAGUAAUGUUCAAUUAUUUUUAAAUUAUGUGUUCUAUAUUGUUAGUAGGAAUCUGAUUAAAAAUUAAUUCAUCUGGUGAUUUGUAAUUAAUUUUAUUUGAAUUAAUUUAUGAUUUUUUGGUGUGCU